UUAAUUUUAGGGCGUGUGCUCAUCUCUUCUCAAAACAUCAAAACAUGGCAACAGGGACAACGCCUACAUUUGUCAAGCUACAGGAUCAGUUAACUUGUCGAAAGUGCAACAAUAUCUACACUAACCCCAGGACACUCUCUUGCCACCAUUCAUUCUGUCAGGAGUAUAUUGAGGGAUUAGCUACCAUCCCUACCUUCUCUGUGGCCUGUCCUACCUGUCAUCAACACACUGAGCUGCCCAAUGAUACUGGAGCUGCUGGUUUAUCACUUGCUACCAAUGUACAAGAAUUUAAGAAGAUCUACAAUGAACUAUCAUCCGGUGAAGUAAAGUGUGACAACUGCACUAAUGCCCAUCCUGCUGUCUAUUGUCAGGACUGCAAUAGAUAUCUCUGCAAUGAGUGCAUUAGUAUUCAUAAUAAAUGGUCACUUUUUUCUAGGCAUGCUGUAAGUACGUUAAGUGAAUUACAGGCACCAGCAUCACCACUCAAUGGAGAGGUAGAGUUGCAGAUUAGAAAUGCACUUUCUGCUGCUGAGAUAAGAGAUCAGGGAGAGAGAGUGAAAAAGGAAAUGAUGGGAUUCACCCAAACUCUUAUGGCUGGUAUUCAAGAGGAGCUUACAAGAAAGUUAGAAGAAUUGGUACAGAUGAGGCUGCAAAAUCAUAGAGAAGGUCGUGAUACUUCAUCUCAUGAUGAUGAGAUUCUGUUUAUCAAAAGUAGCGAAACUGCAAGCAUUGUUCAGCAUGUUGGUAAUGUCAUGUCUCGUGUUGAAUUAGCCCAAUGUAAAGUGAAGGAGAUAGCUACCAUUAAACAUAUACCAGAAAACCAAGCAAUUUCAUUUCAACUCUCAAUAGAAUUACCAGGCUACCAAAGGUCUCUUUUGAUUGUUCCUACCUCCUCUAUUUCCAUUGGCUUUACAUCAGCCACUGCACAAGCUCAAGUUAUUAAAGCUAGAGUGAUCCCUACUGAUAAACCAGGAGUGUACCAGGUUAUAUGUACUCCUGUUAUUAGAGGACGUCAUCAAGUUAACGUGAGAGUAUCUGAUGUUUCCCUUCAAGGCACUUCUUUGCUCAUCCCUUUCAAUCCUUAUAGCUACCUGUUUAGUGUAACUCCAACCCGCACUAUAUAUGAUCUUGAUCAUCCAAGUGGAGUUGCUGUACACAAUGAUGGUCGUAUUAUAGUAUCAGAGUAUAGUCCUGGCCUUGUUAGUAUACUGAGUAAAGAAGGAAAAAGGUUAGAAUCACUUGGUAAAGGAGUCAAUAAUAUUACGUUUUCUUAUAACCAUGGUGUUGUCACUAAGGGUGAUUCUAUUCUAGUUGCUGAUUCUAACUAUAAUAGAAUACAGAAGAUAAGCAACAAUGGCAGGCUUUCUUUUCCAAUCGGCAAGUCAGGUACUGGAGUGCUGGAGUUCAAGUAUCCAACUGGUAUUGCUGUUUCACCUAUAAAGAAUUGUGUAUACAUUGCUGAUAGCAAAAACAAUCGUAUACAAGUUCUUAAUUCUGAUUUAACAUUUUGUCGUACAUUCAGUAAAAGUGGAACAAGCAGUGGAGAAUUUAAUGCUCCUACUGAUAUUGCUAUUGACAGUGAAGGUUCAGUGUAUGUCACUGAUCAGUAUAAUCAUCGUGUUCAAAAGUUCAAUCCGGAUGGGGAGUUUAUUUGUCAGUUUGGAAGUGAGGGCUCUGGCUUCGGACAGCUAAAGCAACCAGCAGGUAUUGCAGUGGAUAAUGCUGGCCUAGUGUAUGUUACUGACUAUGGUAAUCAUCGUGUCUCAAUCUUCACUAGUGAGGGAUCGUUUGUUUGUAAUUUUGGAGAGAAAGGAGUUAACGAAGAUCAGUUUAAUGGCCCAUAUGUUGGAAUAUGUUUUGACGGUGAUGGCUACUUGUAUAUUUGUGACUAUUAUAACAACAGAAUAGUUGUGUAUUAGACUUUGUGAGACUCAACUUAGAUUAGUAAUAGUUUUAAUUUGCUGAACAUGCUGCUAGGUAAUUACUUUUUGAUUAAAAAUAUGCCACUUUACUAUUCUUGUCAUUGUCU